CAAGAUUGUGAGGUGCGGAGCAACUGAGGUUCUGCGACUGUCUUAACGUUCAAAGACAUGAACGAUGACCGAUACACGAUGUCUGGCAAACAUUCUUUAGACGUUGGGGAUGCGGUAGUUAUAAGAGCAAAGUCAUUCGACUCUUCUUUCUCAUCAAACUCUCAGAGAUCGACCAUCCGCUCACACUCCCAAGGUCCGCUUUCUCCCCUCCUGACCAUAUCGUCUUCUACCCCUACCAGACACUUCUCAUUCCCUCCCCACCACCAUGGACCACGUCUUCCCCGGCACGGCAGGCAUCCCAGGAUACCGCUACAGGAGCAGCGCCAACGCCGCAGCCUCGCCCUCCACACUCCUACUCAGCGUCGUCAUCGGAAUCCUCAUCGGCAUGAUCCUCAACGCCCUCUUGGCCAGUCUACCCAAGGCCUUCGAGCGCGCCGAUUCCUCAGCAGAAAACACGGAUACGCAAGGCGAUGAGACAGUGCCGUUGUACAAGCUUCUCGUAACCCGUAUCUCCGCCUCCGCCGUCGAUGUCUACCGCGCGGUCGUCAAGCACACGUACGCCCUGUUCCGUAGAGUCCUGGAAGUCCUCCGCAUGCGCAUGCACAUAUGCGUCCGCAUCACGCGCAAGCGUCACAACCACAGUAUCAAGCCCGUACCACUCAACGUCGUUGUUCCUCCUGUCUACCCGGAUAUCGUUAUGACAAAGAACGAUGGGCCAGCCUUCAUGAUGGCCAUUGGAAAGACAGCGAAGUGCAUCAAUGACGAAUCGAAGCGCAUCGAUGACAAAUUGAAGCGUGUUGAGGACGGACUGAAGCAUAUCAAAGACGAACUGAAGUGCCUCACAGAGGAACUGAAAUGCAUCGAGAAGGACUUGCACAACGAGAUCGAAACCAUGGUCAAGAAGGCUUGCGCCUCGGGACAAGGGAGCUGUGUCGCCUGAGCCACGCGUGGCGAACCCACAUGCGCGUGUGAGUGGGGAGCGCCUAUGCGGGUGCGACGGUUCGGAGAUGAACGAAGUGCUUGAUGGCGAAGACCGAAGCUGUGAGCGAAGGAUUUUCUGGGGACGUUGAAUGGCGGAAGCGGGAUUUGUGUGAUGGAUGAUGGUGGUUUUGUGGCGUUCUUUGGAUAGACUUCUUCCUCUUCUCUACAUUCGUUUAGUGCUCUUUGGGAAUUGUAUUGGGCGUAUUUUCGCCUCUUUCCUUGCCAGUGCGUCUUCCUGAUUCUCGUUAUGACGUCCGGGUACAGCUUUUCGAGGCCUGGCACCUGGCUAGGAGACUCCCAGAAAGCUCCAACUGUAGGCAUGUGGUACCGCGGAUGACCGAGCGCCCUUGUAUGCGUAUAUGUCCCUCUUUCCCACAACACUCCCAGCCAAAUCUUCCCCACUCACCCCUCCCCAUCACGAAGUCUUGCUCGCCGUCUCC